AUGAGGCUCUUUAGUCUCGCUCUUCUUGUCUCUACUUGGGCCUGGGCCUGCAGCGCCCUCGUCAUCGACACCGCAUCUCUAGGCCUUCACGACAACCAACUAGCACAGCAUGCCGACCCAUCGCUCGCCGGUUACUUGGGCGUCUUCUUCCUCGGCGCCGAUCCAUACGUCUACUUCUACCUCAGCAAUGGCAAUAACCCCAUCUCGUUCAAAGCUUUGAACAAGGGGUCACCAAUCUUCAAGCCGACCAAGGGGACAGGAGGUGUUCGGGACCCGACGAUUGUUCCAGGUGGAGGUAGCGAGGCGGGAAAGAAGUGGUAUAUUAUUGGGACUGAUUUGAAUAUCGGAAAGACAACGUGGGACGCAGCACAACGAAAGGGCUCCAAGGGGAUUUUCGUCUGGGAAAGCACCGAUCUGAUCAACUGGGUCAACGAGAGUUUGGUGGUGGUAGAGGACAAUACUGCUGGCAUGGUCUGGGCACCUGAAGCCAUUUGGGAUCCGGCGAAGGGUCAAUAUCUUGUUCAUUGGGCUUCGAAAUUUUAUCCAACCUCCGACCCAAACCACAUCGGCAACCCCUCCUCCAUCCGCAUCCGCUACGCCUACACCUCCGACUUCCGCACCUUCUCCACUCCACAGACCUACAUCGACCGAUCCCCCACCAACAUCAUCGACUUAACCAUCCUCCCGCUCAACCCCUCUAACUCUUCUUCACAAUCCUUCCUCCGCUUCAUGAAAGACGAAACCCUCAAAACCGUCUUCGUUGAAACCUCUACCACGGGCCUCUUCGGCACCUGGACACGCGCCGGCGGCUCGUCAGUGAUUAUUCAGAGCGGGGUGGAAGGACCGGCGGCGUAUUGGGAUAAUACUACGCCCGGAAAAGUUCAUUUGCUGUUGGACUUUUAUGGGAGCGAUGGGUAUCGGCCGUUUGAGAGUAGUAACCCGGGAAGUAAUUCGGGGUGGACACAGAGUAGUAGGACGGGGUGGCCGACGGGGUUGAGGCAUGGGAGUGUGAUGGCUGUUGAUCAGGGGUUGUAUGGCAGGUUGAGUAGUAAAUGGGGUUGA